UCUCGCUGUCCGCCCUUCACUCGAAGCUUGGAAUUUUACUAUACCAUUCAAGGAUCCAUUUCGCAUCUAAGCACACAAUGUCUUUCUGGGAUUGGACCGCACGUAUCGAAUGCGAGAAAUACGAGCUCGGCCAGAGCUACACCGUCAUCGUCUUCUUGGGCGAGGUCCCUAAAGAUCCAAUGGAUUGGCUUAUCUGCCCCCAAUUCGUUGGCGCACAUCAUGCAAUAGUUGAUAGCGGUAGUGGUGGGAAUAGGGGUCCUGUACUCGAGGAAGGAUUCGUACAUCUUUCCACUGCAAUUGCGGAGCGAAGCCAUUUAGGAUCAUUGGAGCCCAGUGCAGUUGAACCAUAUCUCAAGAGAAAUUUGAAUUGGAGGGUGCAAAAGAAGGAUGAGUCUGCUGCACAGCUCAACUCGUUGGAAGUUUGCAUCUUUGCGACGCGCAUGAUCCAUCCUCCUGAUUCUGAUUUUCCCGUGCCUGCUGAAAAGCGCCGAUUUGGUGCCAUCACUCACGGUCGCCAAGGGGGUUGUAGGUCGUUGUGAUUUGAGUGAGCUGUUGGGAUGUAGAUUUAUAUGUCUGUUUGCCUGCUGGAAUACUGUAAAAUAUUCACCGACGAUGUGAUGGGCGUCUUCGCCGUCCUAAGCGUCCUUUAUAGCGAUUGGUGGUAUGAUGGGGAAG